UUAAGCCGAACAUCAACAUUUCCAACUCCAUCCUCCCAAGAAAAAGUGUGGAAGAUGAUGAACUCUUCUCUUCUAACUCCUUCAUCUUCAUCCCAUGUCCAAACUCCAGCGACGACCUUUGACCAUGAAGAUUUCCUCGACCAAAUCUUUGCUUCCUCCCCUUGGCCCUCCGACGAAGCUCAUCCUCCUCCUCCUCCGCCUCCGUCCUCAGAUGGUUUCGUCGACUCUAGGCAUCAACAGAUCAUGAUGAUGCCUUUACCGUCUCAUCACCAAAACGAGGUCGUUGAUGGCUCCUCGGUCCACUCUCUUUACAAUGGCUUCUCCGCCGGCGGAUCUCUUCCUUUCCACAUCCCUCAGGGAACGGCAGGUGGAAUGAUGAAUCAACAAGGACAAGCCCUAACGCAAAAGCAAACUCAACCGCAAGUGAGUGCGUCUAUAGCUACUGGUGGUACGGCGGCGGCUCCACCGCAGAGUAGGACUAAAGUCAGAGCUAGGAGAGGCCAAGCAACGGAUCCUCACAGUAUUGCCGAACGGUUACGACGAGAGAGAAUUGCGGAGAGAAUGAAAGGUCUUCAAGAACUCGUUCCUAACGGCAAUAAGACAGACAAGGCAUCGAUGCUCGAUGAGAUUAUAGAUUAUGUCAAGUUCUUACAACUCCAAGUCAAGGUACUGAGCAUGAGCAGAUUGGGUGGUGGUGCUUCCAAUUCUCAAAUCUCUGAGGAGAAUACAUCCUCAGCCGUCGCCGGGGGUAAUCAGGCGACCGGAAACUCCAACGACAGCUUGACGAUGACGGAGCAUCAAGUGGCGAAGCUGAUGGAAGAAGACAUGGGCUCGGCGAUGCAAUACCUUCAAGGGAAAGGUCUUUGUCUCAUGCCUAUCUCUUUAGCCACAGCAAUCUCAACCGCCACGUGUCACUCGCGUAACACUUUGAUCCCUGGAGCUGCCGGUGGGGUCGGAGGUCAUCCUUCUUCUCCCAAUCUUUCCGGCAUGAGCGUGCAGUCAACGAAUAAGGUGAAGUUAAGUGGUAACGGCGUGACUGAGGGAUCGCCGCCUCUCGUCGUUAAAGAGGCUGUUUAGGUUUCGAAGCCGUGAUAGCGUCUCUCUCUUUACUUUUGGGGUUAGGCAAAGAGAUAAACAAAAAGGAAACAUAAAAAGUGGGAAUGGAGUGGGAGACGAAAGCAAACCAACUUUUGGUCAAAGUCUACGAAGAAUAAGGUUGAGUUGUUUGAUGUGUUUUCUCUAAACGACGCAGUAUUUCUGGUAGAGUACCAAACCACUCGGGCACAUUUCUUUUUAUUUUCUUUAAAAAGAGUAUUUGCACUCUGGACACAUAAGUUAUACCAUAAUUGGCGAAGUGCCUAAUAACACUUUUAGCAACUAUUCUACAUUUUUUA